AUGGGUGAAGUGACGGACGCCAGGGAAACUAAAAAUACCUUUAUUGUUCCCGCAAUAAAGUCUUCUGAUCACUAUGAUUGUUCUCGAGCAAAAAUCUACUGUAGCCUCACGUGGCUGGUGGCCAAAGCAUUUGGGACAGACAGUGUCCCGGCCGACCUGAAGGAGCCCUUCUACACAGACCAGUAUGAACAGGAGCAUCUGAAGCCUGCAGUAGUCAGCCUACUGCUGUCUGCUGAGCUCUACUGCAGAGCCGGGAGCCUCAUCCUGACGAGUGGAGGUCACCAUCCCCUGGUUGGUCACGAUGCUGUCAUCCAGGCCCUGGCCCAGAAGGGACUCCACGUCACAGACCAGGCGAGGCUGGUUACUGAGAGAGACCUAUGCAAGAGGCCCCUACAGAUGAGUGUCCACCUGGCGAUGAUGGACACGCUGAUGAUGGCGUACACGGUGGAGACGGUGAGCGUGGAGAAGGUGGUGGCGUGCGUCCUCCAGUACUCCUCCCACCACGACGAAGAUGCAGACACGCCGUACGACACCGAGGACGCCGUGACCAGCUGGAUCAACAAGGUAAAUGAGUAUUUGAAGGAUAUCAUUGGUCAGGAGCGGAGGAGAAAAAGGCUGUGUGCUGAGCCUGUUGGCAGGCCAGGGACUCUCUACAGGAAGGAGCAGCAGACUGUGGCCCAGCAGGUGCCCUGGAUCCCCCCUGUCGAUAACCUGCUGAAGGACACCACUGACGGCUGCGCCCUGGCCGCUCUGCUGCACUUCUACUGCCCACAGCUAGUCAGACAUAUCUGUCUGAAGGAGCGUAUGUCGCUGGCGGACAGCCUGUACAACCUGCAGCUGGUGCAGGACUUCUGUCAGGAGCACCUGAGCCGCUGCUGCCACUUCAGCCUGGAGGACAUGGUGUACGCCUCCUCGUCCCUCAAAAAUAACUACCUUGUGUUCCUGGCCGAGCUGUUCUGUUGGUUUGAAGAGGUGAAGCCCUCCUUUGUACAACCAAGAGUUCUGGAUACUGAAGAGCCAGCCCUCACAUCGUUGAGGAACAUUCCCUCAGUUCCCAUCUCCAAUGUCACCAAGAAGAGCUUCAUGGAGAGACCGCCCAGCCCAGAACCACCCAGUCUGCCUCUCCGGCCUCAACCUAGGAACUCAGGUGAAAUGAAGAGAUCCACCUCAAUGUCCUUUGUGGAUGGCUGCGUAGGAACCUGGCCCAAGGAGAAAAGGUCCGGGCCUUACGGGGUAUCCUACGACAUUCCCUUCGACAAAGAGGACACCCAGACGUCUACUCCCCCCGGCCAUGGCAUGACUCGCUCUACCAGCACAGAGGGCUUCAAGGUCCACCAAAUGCCCCGGGGCAUGAAGAGGAACCUGUCCUUCCAGCCCAUCAAUGGGCAGGGCGUGGGCAUUGAGGAGGAGGGCUGCCCGGACAGCCUAGCAGGCCCCGAUCUGCCAAGACAGCCUGGCAGACCUCAACCCAAUGGCUCAUCAGCCCUGGAUGGGCAUGGAAAAGGCGCAGCCAUCCCCAGCAUGGAGGAGGCCCUCCAGAUCAUCCACAACACCGGGAGGAAGCCCCCACAAUGCCCCCUGACGGGGGGUAUCAGCCAUGGCUUUUUCCUGCACAGUCAAAACCGGGGCAGAGGUGUAGUCGGCCUGGACCCCAAGGCCCAACAGGAGAACAUGGACCUGGACUCACUGAACACCACAGAGGUGGACACAGACAUCCACUUGAGGACGGAGGACAUCGCCGAGAUGCUGGACGAGGACUCUUCGCUGGGGGAAGCUACGAGCAUGGAGCUAGACAUGGACACACACAGUCCCUGCCCCAGCAGCUCAAGCUAUGGCAAAUCUCCCUCCACUAGCUCCGGCAUCAAGAUGACCAGCUUCGCAGAGCAGAAGUUCCGGAAGCUCAGCAACCCCGAAUCAGGGAGAAGAAGCAGCAGCAGCAGCGGGGGCGGCAGCUCCCUCAAGACCACCCCCGAGGGCUCGGAACUGGGCCUCCCCCUCUCCGUCUCCUGGGCACCCACUCCAGAGCACAGCCCCGUUCAUCAACAGAGCAUUGACCCGGCUCAGGCCAUGGCAACAGAGAUGGUUCAGCUGCGCAUGCGCCUGGAGGAGAAGCGAAAAGCCAUUGAGACGCAGAAGAAGAAGGUGGAGGCAGCGUUUACGCUUCACCGCCAGAGGAUGGACCACUCCGCUUUCCUGGACGUGGUCAAGAGGAAGGCCGACGGUGCCUCAAGGAGCAAAGCGGACACGCCUGACGGGGCCGAGCAGGGGCAGGCGCCCUUCGGGAUCUGCUGGCUGAAAUCCCCAGGAAGAAGCACGGGAGAAGAGGGAGGUCAAGGUCCCAGUGAGGUGGAUCUAGCGAACUACACACGCUCCAUGGAGAAGCUCAACCACUCACUGGGCUUCCUGCAGAUGGAGAUGCAGCGCCUGGCCCAGCAGCAGGAGGUCAUCAUGGCCAUGAGGGAACAACGGCAACAACAGGCCUGGGUCAUUCCCCCUCCCGAGACCCAGCCCUCACCCCAGAAAUAUGCUCGCGCCUCUGUCCGCUCCUCCGACUCUCCCUCCCCGGUAGACUCGCCCCGCUCCGCCCACCACUCGCCCACCAGCAUCAAGAGGAAGUCGGCCUCCUUCCACUCACGGAACCCCCGCACUCCGCGCCCCAGCGAGCUUAAGCUGGCCCCCUAUAACCGCUGCCUGACGGCGCCCCAGUCUGUGGACAGCCUCCCCCGCCUGCGCCGUUUCUCCCCAUGUCAGGCCAUGGCCUUCACCUACAUGGGGGACAAACCCACCGGUGAAACCCCUGAGACCGGAGACAGGGACACUGAGCAUGUGCUAUCCCCAGAGAGAGAGGCUGUUAGUGCAUCGUCACCCUCCUCCCCAGCCAAAAACAACCAGAGAACACAACCAGGGACACUAGAGAUUUCCAAGAAGGAUGAUGUGGAGGAGAAGGAAAUGGAGCACAAGUACAAAAUGGAGGAGAUUAAACCCAUAAUAGUGUCGACCGUAUCUGAAGUGCUGGCCCAGCCAGUGAAAGAGUCCUUUACGGUCACCCCCACAGAGACCCCCUUUAUCUCAGACAUGUUUGGCCAGGCCAGAAGCAAUCUGAUUGAGGUGCCUCUGUACGUGCUCAAGCCCCUGGAGGGAGAGGGGAUGGAGGAGAGUGAAGACAUGCAGGGGACCUAUGGCGAAGACGAGAAAAUGUCCUGUGGCUUUUUCUUUAAGGGUGAUGGGAACGGGGAAGACAACAUGGCUCAGAAGAGGGCUGCUCUCCUGGAGAAGAGGCUGAAGAGGGACAAGGAAACGCAGCAGAAGAAGCUGCAGCAGGAGGCGGAGCUAGAGCGGAAGAAGGAGGAGUCACGAGUGAAAGCGGAAGAAGAGCACGUGAGGAAGGAAGAUGAGAAAACUCGCCGGGAGUUCAUCAAGCAGGAGUACCUGAGGAGGAAGCAGCUCAAGCUCACGGAGGACAUGGACACGGUGAUAAAGCAGCAGCAGCGGCCGUCCGGCGCCAAGCAUAGGAGAGCCCGGCCCAGGUCCACCCACCGGGACAGCAUGGACUCCUCCAGAACCCCGGCCAGGGCAGCAGGUUCACGACCUCGUGUUUUUUCAGUGCCCAGCUUGUCUCUGGCCUCUCUCAACCUGGGAGACAGCUUGUCUCUGGCCUCUUUCAACCUGCGGGACAGCGACACUGUGCAAUCUGAGAAGAGAACCCCAAGGCCUGAUUCUGCAGAUGGUUUUCUGUCCCCUUGUCGAUCUGGAAGCCGGAAUGAGGAGGACGAUUGGGAGAAUGGCUCCACUGCCUCAUCUGUGAAAUCAAACACAGAGUACACCGGGCCCAAACUGUACAAGGAGCCGAGUGCCAAAUCAAACAAGCAUAUCAUCCAGAACGCGCUAGCCCACUGCUGCCUGGCGGGCAAGGUCAACGAAGGUCAGAAGAACAAGAUUGUGGAGGAAAUGGAGAAAUCAGAAGCCAACAACUUCCUGGUGUUGUUCAGGGACGGGGGUUGCCAGUUCCGCUCCCUGUACGUAUACAGCCCCGAAACGGACGAGGCCACCAAGUUGAUCGGCAUCGGGCCCAAGAGUAUUAUGAGCAAGAUGAUCGAGGGCCUCUUCAAGUACAACUCGGACAGGAAGCAGUUCAGUCAGAUUCCCGCCAAGACCAUGUCGGCGAGUGUGGAUGCCAUCACGAUCCACGGCCACCUAUGGCAAACCAGGAAACCAGCCACCCCUAAGAAAGUGUUACCUGCCAAGCCCUAA